GGAAUCAGAGCUGUUUUUAUUAUAGUGUGUCCCUUGGUCAUGCUUCAAAGGCGUCUCUGGCUCUUCUCUUUGCAUCCAUAUUGGUAUUCCUCAUUUGAGCGUGGCGUUGAGCAGAGAUAGGAAGAGGGCGUGUGCGUGUUUGACACUGACUUGAUCUAAGCCGCUCUAUAGACUAGAAAGCCUGGAUCACAAUGUCUCGCCAAAGCACUCAGCUCACCAGCGGCUGGACUUUUAGGCAGCACCAAGGUCCUUCUGCAGAAUGGCUGGCGGUAGCAAAGGUGCCAACGCAGGUUCAUAUAGAUCUGCUGGCCAACAAAAAGAUUCCAGAUCCCUUUGUGGACCUGAAUGAACGCGCUGUUCAAUGGAUUGGCGACAAGGAUUGGGAGUACCAAGUUACGUUCAAGCCUGGGCCUGCUGAGGAUGAAAACGUCACAAGAGAUCUCGUGUUCAGUGGCCUCGACACUUUUGCCACAGUAUAUCUCAAUGACGACAAAAUAUUAGAGACGGAAAACAUGUUUGUGUCCUACCGUAUUAAUAUCACAGACCGCAUCAAAUCCAGAUCCGAGAAUGUCCUUCGCAUCGUCUUCCACUCCGCCAUUGCCAGAGGUGAAGAGCUCAUCAAGGAACACAGCCAUGAGCACAAUUUCCUAGUUAGGCAGACCGAAAGGAGUCGUGUCCCGGUACGCAAAGCCCAGUACAACUGGGGCUGGGACUGGGGCCCAAUUCUCAUGACCGCGGGACCCUGGAAGCCUGUCACUCUCGAGACAUAUGUUACGAGAAUUGAUGAUAUCUGGGCUCAAAACGAAGUCAGCGAGGAUUUGAAAUCUGUUUCAGGCUCUAUUUUCACUCGUGUAGCUGGCAAUAUGAGCAAAGCUAACCAGGUUUCAAUCUCUUUAUCACUGGAUGGCCAGACAGUAUUCCAGCAGGUGGUCGACGUUACGGAUGCUGCGUUGAACGGGGACGGACUGAUUAAAGUUCCCUUUAAGCUUGCAGAUCCGAAACUGUGGUAUCCGAAGGGAUAUGGAAGCCAGCCGCGGUAUCUCCUUCAAGCUAAGCUCCAGCGCAAGACUUCUUCUAACGAGAUCGACAAUAAGUCAAAGCUGAUUGGGUUCCGUCGCACAGAACUGGUUCAAGAAGCAGACGCUCAUGGCAAAUCAUUCUACUUUCGCAUAAACAAUAUCGAUGUAUUUGCUGGUGGCUCAUGCUGGAUCCCUGCAGACAGCUAUCUCGCCGGUGUUUCCCCUGAGCGCUACUAUGAGUGGGCCAAGCUUAUGGCAGAGGGCAACCAAGUCAUGUUGCGAGUCUGGGGAGGUGGCGUCUAUGAAGAAGAUGCUCUCAUUGAAGCCUGCGACGAGCUUGGCAUCUUGGUGUUCCACGAUUUCCAAUUCGCUUGCGCAUCUUAUCCUGCGUACUCAUCCUACCUGAAGACGCUGGAAGAAGAAGCAAGACAACAGAUUAGACGUCUACGGGCACAUCCUUCUGUGGUGAUUUGGGCAGGAAACAACGAAGAUUACCAAGUCCAGGAGAGGUAUAAGCUCGACUAUGACUUUGAGAACAAAGACCCAGAGACAUGGAUCAAGUCAUCGUUCCCAGCCCGGUAUCUCUAUGAGCAUUUCCUACCAAAGUUGGUUGAGGAAGAAGAUCCAGGCAAGAUCUAUCAUCCAAGCAGCCCCUGGGGUGACGGGAAACCCACCGCUGACCCAACUGUUGGAGAUAUUCAUCAAUGGAAUAUCUGGCAUGGCGCUAUGAACAAAUACCAAGAGGCUGCCGAUAUGGGCGGCCGUUUCGUCAGCGAAUUCGGAAUGGAAGCAUAUCCUCACCUCAGCACCACCCGUCGCAUGGCCAGCGAUCCCGCCCAACUCUACCCUGGCUCCAUGGUCCUUGAUUUCCAUAACAAAGCCAUUGGCCACGAACGCCGCAUGAUGAGCUAUGUCGUAGACAACUUCAGACCUCGACAUGACCUCGGGGGCUACACUCAUCUCACGCAAAUCGUGCAGUCGGAGACGAUGCGCGCUGCCUACAAGGCCUGGCGGCGACAAUGGGGUAAGCCUGGCGCCCGACAAUGCGGUGGUGUACUCGUGUGGCAGCUUAAUGAUUGUUGGCCGACCAUGUCUUGGGCUGUGGUGGAUUACUAUCUCAUCAAGAAGCCCGCAUACUACGCCAUCUCCAGAGCGUUGCGGGCUAUCGACGUGGGUGUACAUAGAACCUUCCACGACUGGACUCAAACAGGAUACUGGGUUGAUGAGAACUCUGGUCUUGUUACGGGCCAAGUCGACCAGACUCUACCUGCCCGCAAGGGAACGUUUGACGUUUGGGUCGUCAGCAACAACACCAAGCCCGUCGAUCUGAACGUCGUCGUGCGCUUCAUCUCCGUCCGCUCAGGCAAAGACAUCUCCGACCCCAUAAAGUCAACUAUCACCGCCUCCGCUAACUCCACAACCGAUAUUCUCCAAGGCAAGGCCCUCCCACCUUCGAUCCCCAAUGCCGACGAUCUUACCAAGCCCUUCUCCGUGUCUGAGUACGAUCCUUAUGUCGUCCACGCCACCAUCACAGAUGUUGCUACCGGUGCCCUUGUGGCCACAGACACGGCAUGGCCCGACCCCGUCAAGUUCCUCGACUUAUCCAACCGGGGUAUCACAUUCGAGCUUUCUGCUGCAAAGGACGAAAUCGUCGUCUCAGCUGAAAAGCCCGUCAAAGGAUUCGUUUUUGAAGAGGUGGAGGGCUUGAAGCUGAGUGACAAUGGCUUUGAUAUCGUGCCUGGGGAGAAGCAGACAGUUAAAGUGGAGGGGGCUCUGACGGCGGAUCAACUGCUGUGGACGUGCAUUGGAGCAUCCGACGCAUCGUUAAACAUAUCUGAUGCAUCUUCGCAGUUGCCACUUUGAUAGAAAUGAGAAUUUUACAGGCUUGGGAUAAAAGACGCGAUAUAAUUCGACAGUGUAGAGAGAUUAUAUUAAUUGUGGAGGACAGACCCAGUAUCCAUCCUCAGAUAGAACUGACAGCGAGUCACCUAGCAAUUAAGUUGUUCACAGGUGCCCAAAUGGGAGCGUACAUUAUC